AUGGACAGCAAGUCGUUCUCAUCGCGCAUCAGCGACUUGGUCAAAUUUCUAUCAUCCGUUCAAGGCGACCUAUCCAAUGUCACCGCCCCUCCCUCUUUUCUGGCACCGUCAUCGGUAGUCGAGGUCGGCCAUUGCUGGUGCCAGCGGCCCGGGGUCUUCGUCGCCCCGGCAUUAGAGUCGGACCCUGAGAAGCGCAGCUUAAAAGUGCUGCGUAUGAUUCUUAUUGCUAUGCGUAGCCAGUUUUACGUCGCCGGCGCGCCAAACGUCAGCAUCAAGAAGCCUCUCAACGCAUUUCUGGGAGAGCUGUUCCUCGCUUCAUGGACGGACUCCGACCGCAAAGCCAGGACAGAGCUCGUCGCCGAGCAGGUUAGCCACCACCCACCCAUUACUGCAAUGCACAUGGGCAGCAAGGAGCACGGAAUCCGGGCAGAUGGCUAUGCGCGCGUCGAGAUGACGUUCUCGAGCAGCGUGAACAUCCGUCAGAUUGGACACGCUGUUUUGCACAUUGACAGAUAUGAGGAAGACUACCUCAUUCCCUUGCCAGAAGUCAAGGUCCGCGGCUUCCUGAACGCCUGCUUGUACCCCGAGGUUUUGGGAACAUAUUACAUCGUGUCCAACACGGGUUACAUCUCAGAGAUCAAGUUCUCAGGAAGCGGCGUUUUCAGAGGAAAGAAGAACUCAUUUGAGGCGCGGAUGUACCACAAGAACGACAAGAAAAACACAAUCUAUGAGUUGCAAGGCUGCUGGAGCGAGGGCUGGACAGUCAAGGAUGGCAGGACGGGCGACAUCCUGGAGAAGUACGAGGUCGACGCGCUCGAGAACCUCCCUGCGCCUAUGGAGAUGGAGCCAGUUCAGAACCAGGACCCGUGGGAAUCAAGACGUGCAUGGAGUGGCGUUAUUGAGGGGCUGAGCAAGAACGAUUUCCGGGAGACGGUAAACGCAAAGAGCCAAGUGGAAGAAGCCCAACGGCGCAUGCGGGCCGAGGAGAAGAAGAAGGGCGAGACUUGGGAGCCGCUGUUCUUCAAGAGCAUUCCUGGAGAAGAGCACGACGUGUUUCAUCGGUUGGCUAAAGGCGUUGAUUGGCAGUUGCACGACAAGCAUACCAAGGGCGUUUGGAGGAUUGAUGACAGGAAGAGGGAUUCCAUACAAAGGCCAUUCAGGGGGGAGUUGACUCCACUGGGCUAG